AUGCGUCGUGGCGUACCGCAUCAUCAUGCUGGACCAAUCCCAACAUCUUUGGGUCUUGCUUUUCCAACAUGUGUAACCGAGGCCUUAAUUCAAGUUUCGAAGCAUGUACGGCUGUCUAGUCAUGGGAGAAACCGACCAGCCUUGAUCAAAAAUAAUGAUCUGCAACUUCUUAUUGACAAUGAAAUAUUCUGUCUUAGCGCUGACCGAAAGGGUUCGCGUCUUUCGAAGCUCCAAGAAUUCACGCUGAUCAUUUGUCUCGCCCGUUUCUUUGAAGUGAGUCAGCUACUUGUUUAUUUUCACGUUAUAUAA